AUGUAUACGAAAUCACAAAGCGGGAACCAGGAGAAUGGUGGGUUGGGUCCAUUGGAAGGUAAGAACGGAGAAAGCAGUAACACCACGGAUCAAGAUUCUAGGAAUGGAUUGUUAUCAAGACGUGCCAAUGCACCUUCUGUAGGACCAUUGAGCUCACUUGAUUUGCUGCAUAAACCACCACAAGGUCUUGCAUCGCCCAAUUUGUACACAGAUGAGGAGAUUGCGAAGAAUACAGACUUGAACAAAAAAUUGGGAGGUUCUUCGGCUUCCUCCGCCGUCACAUCCAAGAGCUCAUCGUUAAAUUCAUCUUUGGGCCCCCUAGACGUAUCCUUUGUCGACGAAGCACCACUGCCCAUAUACAAAAAAGAUGGCGGAUUGGUUAAAAGUUCAUUAAAAAAUAGGUCCAAGUCCCUACCGACCUCGCCUUACAUUAGAGAUGUUCCCCAGCGUUUUGCUUUGCAGCGGUCCAAAAGUGUCCAUUUUGACCAGAGAACUCCUGUCAAAUAUUUCGAAUUGGAUGAAAGCCCGUUAGCUUCCGUCAGUCGUGAAGGUGAAGUGGAGGAGAUAAGUUUUCAACAUAAGGGUGUAGGACUCUUGCAGGAAGCGGAACCGCCACAACCACAAGAACCUCCUAAACCAUUGCGCAAAUCCAAGAGGUUUGACGCUUUAAACAAGGUGAAGCAAAUUCCAAAGAUACAGGGUCUUUACCCAUCAAACUUCCCAGUAAUAAGCAGCAGAGACCCUAAAGUGUUACAAUUAAACGUUUUUCUGAGUCUAUCAAGGGAUAAACAAGUCUUUUUACAGGAUUUAGCAUUGCAUGUAUUUAGACGAGGGGCAAGUGUUGAAGGUAAAGUAAUGGUUAAAGACUUGUCUUACCACAAGAGGGUCGCUGCACGAUAUACAUGGGAUGGUUGGAAUACCGUACAUGAAGUCGAAUGCAUCUAUGUGUGUAGUGGUGAAAGGUAUCUACCAGGUACAAAUACCGACAUGUUCAGCUUUAUGCUUGAAAAACCUGACAAAUCUCUCAAAUUACAGUUGUGUAUACAGUACGUGGCAAGGAUCGAAGGACGCAGACAAGAAUUUUGGGAUAAUAAUGAGAAUCAGAACUACGAGCUGGAAGUGGUAACAGAUAGCUUUAGAGACCCAUUCGCAUAG